GGCUCUUGCCUGGGGUUCUCAGGAGGGGAGAGUUGAGAGAGGCUUUGCUGCUGACGAAAUUUAUUUGAUAAAUUGAAGGUUUGAGAGAGAGCUACAGAAAAGACAGGAAAAACCCGUAACAGCCAAUGGUGUUCGGGAAGAAAAUAACCCCAUUGCCUUGAGUUUGUAGGUGCCACUACUACUCUGGGAAAAUGGCAGAUGACGAAGAAUAUGAGGAGGUGGUGGAGUACUACACGGAGGAGACAAUUUACGAAGAGGUGCCAGGAGAGACAAUAACAGAAAUCUAUGAAACUACGACAACAAGGACAACAUCUGACUAUGAGCAACCAGAAACUUACAAACCAGCAUUGGCACAGCCAGUACUGGAAAAGCCAGUGGAGAGGAAGAAGGUCAUUCGGAAAAAAGUGGACUCUUCAAAGUUCAUGACCCCCUACAUUGAACACAGUCAGAAAAUGCAGAAUAUUUUUAGUCCUAAUAAAUACAAGGAGAAGUUUGAGAAAGCAAAAGGAAAGCCAUACGCCAUCACAACCGAUACCCCAGAACUUCGCAGAAUUAAGAAAGUACAAGAUCAACUCAGUGAGGUGAAGUAUCGAAUGGAUGGCGAUGUUGCUAAAACUAUCUGUCACGUAGAUGAAAAAGCAAAGGAUAUUGAACAUGCAAAGAAAGUGUCACAGCAAGUCAGCAAGGUUUUGUACAAGCAGAACUGGGAAGACACCAAGGAUAAGUACCUGCUUCCUCCUGAUGCCCCUGAGCUUGUCCAAGCCAUUAAGAACACAGCCAUGUUCAGUAAGAAACUGUACACUGAAGACUGGGAUGCAGACAAAAGUUUGUUUUACCCAUAUCACGAUAGCCCGGAACUGAGGAGGGUUGCCCAAGCCCAGAAAGCUCUCAGCGAUGUAAACAGAGUCGCUCGUAAAAAAUACAAAGAAGACUAUGAAAAGAAAAUCAAAGGCAAAUGGAGUGAGACGCCUUGCUUUGAAAUUGCAAAUGCCAGAAUGAACGCUGAUAACAUCAGCACAAGGAAAUACCAGGAAGAUUUCGAGAACAUGAAAGACCAGAUCUACUUCAUGCAGACUGAAACACCAGAGUAUAAAGUGAAUAAACAAGCUGGAGUGGCAGCCAGCAAGGUAAAAUACAAAGAAGACUAUGAAAAGAAUAAAGGGAAAGCAGAUUAUAAUGUACUUCCUGCAUCCGAGAACCCACUGCUCAGGCAGCUGAAGGCGGCAGGAGAUGCCCUGAGUGAUAAACGGUACAAGGAAAACUAUGAAAAGACAAAGGCAAAGAGCGUAAAUUACUGUGAGACCCCCAAAUUUAAGCUUGAUACGGUUCUGCAGAACUUCAGUAGUGAUACUAAAUAUAAAGAUUCCUACUUAAAGAAUAUUUUGGGACAUUACGUAGGCAGCUUUGAGGAUCCAUAUCAUACACACUGCAUGAAAGUCGCAGCUGAAAACAGUGAUAAAAACUACAAAGCAGAAUAUGAAGAAGACAGAGGCAAAGGCUUCUUCCCCCAGACCAUAACUCAAGAAUAUGAAGCAAUCAAGAAACUAAAUCAGUGUAAAGAUCACACCUACAAAGUCCAUCCGGAAAAGACAAAAUUCACUCAAGUUACUGACUCUCCUGUUCUGUUGCAAGCCCAAGUCAAUUCCAAACAACUAAGCGAUCUAAAUUACAAAGCAAAACAUGAAAGUGAAAAGUUCAAGUGCCAUAUACCCCCUGAUACUCCUGCCUUUAUCCAGCACAAAGUCAAUGCCUACAACCUGAGUGAUAAUGCUUAUAAGCAAGAUUGGGAGAAGAGCAAAGCUAAGAAGUUUAACAUCAAAGUGGACGCCAUUCCCCUGCUGGCAGCCAAAGCCAACAGCAAGAACACUAGUGACGUGAUAUACAAGAAAGACUAUGAAAAGAGCAAAGGGAAAAUGAUUGGAGCCCUCAGCAUUAAUGACGAUCCCAAGAUGCUGCACUCCUUGAAGACGGCCAAAAACCAGAGUGACAGAUUAUAUAAAGAAAACUAUGAAAAGACAAAGGCAAAAAGCAUGAAUUACUGCGAGACCCCUAAAUAUCAACUUGAUACUCAGCUGAAGAACUUCAGCGAGGCUAAAUAUAAAGACUUAUAUGUGAAGAAUAUCUUGGGACAUUAUGUAGGCAGCUUUGAGGACCCAUAUCAUACACACUGCAUGAAAGUCACAGCUCAAAACAGUGACAAAAGUUACAAAGCAGAAUAUGAAGAAGAUAAAGGGAAAUGCUAUUUCCCUCAGACAAUAACGCAAGAAUAUGAAGCAAUCAAGAAGCUAGACCAGUGUAAAGACCAUACCUACAAAGUUCAUCCAGAUAAGACCAAAUUCACAGCAGUCACUGAUACUCCUGUACUAUUACAAGCCCAGCUCAACACAAAACAGCUUAGUGAUUUGAAUUACAAAGCAAAACAUGAAGGUGAGAAGUUCAAGUGCAAUGUACCAGCAGAUGCUCCACAGUUUAUCCAACACAGAGUCAAUGCCUAUAAUCUGAGUGAUAAUGCUUAUAAGCAAGAUUGGGAGAAGAGCAAAGCUAAGAAGUUUAACAUCAAAGUGGACGCCAUUCCCCUGCUGGCAGCCAAAGCCAACAGCAAGAACACUAGUGACGUGAUAUACAAGAAAGACUAUGAAAAGAGCAAAGGGAAAAUGAUUGGAGCCCUCAGCAUUAAUGACGAUCCCAAGAUGCUGCACUCCUUGAAGACGGCCAAAAACCAGAGUGACCGUGAAUAUCGAAAAGACUAUGAAAAGUCAAAAACUAUCUAUACAGCACCUCUUGAUAUGCUCCAAGUCACUCAAGCUAAGAAAUCUCAGGCCAUUGCCAGUGACGUGGACUAUAAGCACCUCUUACAUGAUUAUAGCUACCCACCCGAUAGCGUCAACGUGGACCUUGCCAAGAAGGCUUAUGCGCUACAGAGCGAUGUCGAAUACAAAGCUGACUACAACAGCUGGAUGAAAGGUUGUGGCUGGGUGCCUUUUGGGUCCUUAGAAAUGGAGAAGGCCAAGCGAGCUUCAGACAUUCUUAACGAGAAAAAAUAUCGCCAACAUCCAGACACACUCAAGUUUACUUCAAUCGAAGAUGCUCCGAUUAUAGUACAGUCUAAAAUUAACCAGGCCCAGAGGAGUGAUAUUGCUUAUAAAGCCAAAGGAGAGGAAAUUCUUCACAAGUACAACCUGCCCGCAGACCUGCCCCAGUUCCUACAGGCUAAAGUGAAUGCCUACAAUAUCAGUGAGAAUAUGUACAAAGCAGACUUGAAAGACUUGAGCAAGAAGGGAUAUGACCUGAGAACUGAUGCGAUUCCCAUCAAAGCUGCCAAAGCCGCCAGGCAGGCAGCCAGUGAUGUUAAUUACAAAAAGGAUUAUGAAAAAGCUAAAGGGAAAAUGGUUGGCUUCCAAAGUCUCCAAGAUGAUCCUAAACUAGUUCAUUAUAUGAAUGUGGCCAAGAUGCAGUCGGACCGGGAGUAUAAAAAAGACUAUGAGAAGGCAAAGACCAAAUACAAUACACCCCAUGAUAUGUUCAAUGUCGUGGCAGCCAAGAAAGCUCAGGAUGUUGUCAGCAAUGUCAACUAUAAGCAUCCUCUCCAUCACUACACCUACCUGCCUGAUGCCAUGGACCUGGAGUUGUCUAAAAACAUGAUGCACAUAAGGAGUGAUAAUGCUUACAAGGAAGACUAUAACACCUGGAUGAAAGGCAUUGGCUGGAUACCUAUCGGCAGCCUUGAAGUAGAAAAAGUUAAAAAGGCGGGAGAUGCCCUGAAUGAAAAGAAAUACAGGCAACAUCCAGACACACUCAAAUUUACCAGCAUCGUGGACUCCCCGGUUAUGGUCCAGGCACAACAGAACACGAAGCAAAUCAGUGAUAUCUUAUACAAAGCGAAAGGAGAAGAUGUGAAACAUAAAUACACUAUGAGUCCUGACCUUCCUCAGUUUCUCCAGGCCAAGUGCAAUGCUUACAAUAUAAGUGAUGUCUGUUAUAAACGGGAUUGGCAUGAUUUAAUAGCCAAGGGCAACAAUGUGCUGGCCGACGCUAUUCCCAUCACUGCGGCCAAGUCAUCGAGAAACAUUGCCAGCGACUAUAAAUACAAGGAAGCUUAUGAGAAGUCAAAGGGAAAGCAUGUGGGUUUCCGAAGCCUCCAGGAUGAUCCCAAGCUGGUCCACUAUAUGAACGUGGCAAAGCUGCAGUCAGAUCGUGAAUACAAGAAGAACUACGAGAACACCAAAACUAGCUACCAUACCCCAGGGGAUAUGGUUAGCAUUACAGCUGCAAAGAUGGCUCAGGACGUUGCCACCAAUGUCAACUACAAACAGCCUUUACAUCAUUACACAUACUUGCCUGAUGCUAUGAGUCUCGAGCAUACAAGGAAUGUGAAUCAAAUUCAAAGUGAUAAUGUAUAUAAAGACGAGUAUAACAGCUUCCUCAAGGGCAUUGGAUGGAUCCCUAUUGGUUCUUUGGAUGCUGAGAAGGCCAAGAAAGCAGGCGAAGCAUUAAAUGAGAGGAAGUAUCGACAGCACCCAGAUACCAUCAAGUUCACAAGCGUACCUGAUUCCAUGGGCAUGGUCUUGGCUCAGCACAACACGAAGCAGCUAAGUGAUUUGAACUACAGGGUGGAGGGGGAGAAACUGAAGCACAAGUACACUAUAGACCCCGAACUGCCUCAGUUUAUUCAAGCCAAGGUCAACGCCUUCAACCUGAGUGACGCUCAUUAUAAAGCAGACUGGAAGAAAACCCUUGCUAAGGGUUAUGAUUUGAGAUCAGACGCCAUUCCCAUUGUUGCUGCAAAGAGUUCAAGGAAUAUUGCUAGUGAUUGCAAAUAUAAGGAGGGUUAUGAGAAAGCCCGAGGCAGGCAAAUUGGAUUUCUCAGUCUUCAGGAUGAUCCUAAACUGGUGCACUAUAUGAAUGUGGCCAAAAUGCAGUCCGAUCGUGAGUACAAAAAGGGCUACGAAGCCAGCAAGACCAGGUACCACACACCUUUGGAUAUGUUCAGUGUGACAGCUGCAAAGAAAUCGCAGGAGGCUGCUACCAACACCAACUACAGACAGCCCUACCACCACUACACUCUCCUGCCCGACGCCUUGAACGUGGAGCACUCCAGGAACGCCAUGCAGAUUCAGAGUGAUAAUCUAUACAAAUCCGACUUCACCAACUGGAUGAAAGGGAUCGGCUGGGUCCCAAUAGAAUCCCUGGAGGUGGAGAAGGCAAAGAAAGCAGGAGAGAUUCUCAGUGAGAAGAAGUAUCGCCAGCACCCCGAGAAGCUGAAGUUCACAUACGCCAUGGACACAAUGGAACAGGCACUUAACAAAAGUAACAAACUGAAUAUGGAUAAGAGGCUCUACACUGAAAAAUGGAACAAAGACAAGACCACCAUUCACAUCAUGCCUGAUACUCCAGAUAUUUUACUCUCCAGAGUAAACCAAAUCACCAUGAGUGAUAAACUGUAUAAAGCUGGCUGGGAAGAAGAAAAGAAGAAAGGAUAUGACCUGCGGUCUGAUGCCAUCCCAAUAAAGGCUGCAAAAGCUUCUAGAGACAUUGCCAGCGAUUACAAAUACAAGCAAGGCUAUGAACGAGCCAAAGGGAAACACAUUGGCUUCCGCAGCCUGGAGGAUGACCCCAAGUUGGUGCACUUCAUGCAGGUGGCCAAGAUGCAGUCAGACCGGGAAUACAAGAAGGCAUAUGAGAACUCCAAGACAUACUUCCACACCCCAGUGGACAUGUUGAGUGUGGUGGCAGCCAAGAAGUCUCAGGAAGUGGCCACCAACACCAAUUACAGGAAUGUGAUCCACUCCUACAACAUGCUUCCUGAUGCCAUGAGCUUUGAAUUGGCCAAAAAUAUGAUGCACAUUCAAAGUGAUAAUCAGUACAAAGCUGACUAUGCUGACUUCAUGAAGGGCAUUGGGUGGCUCCCUCUGGGCUCCCUGGAAGCUGAGAAAAACAAGAAAGCCAUGGAGAUUAUUAGCGAAAAGAAGUACCGCCAGCACCCAGACACUUUGAAGUAUUCCACACUGAUGGACUCAAUGAACAUGGUUUUGGCCCAGAAUAAUGCCAAAAUUCUGAAUGAACACCUCUACAAACAAGCAUGGGAGGCUGACAAGACCAAAGUCCACAUCAUGCCUGACAUCCCUGAGAUUAUUUUGGCAAAGGCAAAUGCGAUUAAUAUGAGUGACAAACUCUACAAACUUUCUCUGGAAGAGUCUAAAAAGAAAGGCUAUGAUCUCAGAACUGAUGCCAUUCCCAUACAAGCUGCCAAGGCUUCAAGAGACAUUGCAAGUGAUUAUAAAUACAAGUACAAUUAUGAAAAGCAGAAGGGAAGAAUGGUUGGUUUCCGCAGUCUUGAGGAUGAUCCCAAAUUAGUUCAUUCCAUGCAAGUGGCUAAGAUGCAAUCUGAUCGGGAGUACAAGAAAAACUAUGAGAAGACAAAGACCAGCUACCAUACCCCUGCCGACAUGCUCAGUGUCACAGCCGCCAAGGAUGCCCAAGCCAACAUCACCAACACUAACUACAAACAUCUGAUCCACAAGUACAUCCUCCUUCCAGAUGCAAUGAACAUUGAGCUGAGCAGGAACAUGGGACACAUACAGAGCGAUAACGAAUAUAAGCAGGACUACAAUGAAUGGUACAAAGGGCUUGGCUGGAGUCCGGCUGGUUCCCUGGAGGUUGAAAAGGCCAAGAAAGCAACUGAGUAUGCGAGUGAUCAGAAAUACCGCCAGCACCCUAGCAACUUCCAGUUUAAGAAGCUGACUGAUUCCAUGGACAUGGUGCUUGCCAAGCAGAAUGCUCUUACCAUGAACAAGCAUUUAUACACCAUUGAUUGGAAUAAAGAUAAGACCAAGGUUCAUGUGAUGCCUGAUACACCAGAUAUUUUACAAGCCAAGCAGAAUCAAACACUAUAUAGUCAGAAAUUCUAUAAACUUGGUUGGGAAGAAGCUUUGAAGAAAGGCUAUGAUCUCCCAGUUGAUGCAAUUUCUAUACAACAGGCCAAAGCCUCAAGAGAGAUUGCCAGUGAUUUUAAAUACAAACAAGGCUACCAAAAGCAACUUGGCCACCAUAUUGGAUUCCGAAGUGUACAAGAUGACCCAAAGCUUGUGUUGUCCAUGAAUGUUGCCAAAAUGCAGAGUGAAAGAGAAUAUAAGAAGGACUUUGAGAAGUGGAAAACCAAGUUCAGCAGCCCAGUGGACAUGCUGGGAGUGGUACUGGCUAAGAAAUGUCAGGCUUUGGUUAGUGAUGUGGACUACAAGAACUAUUUACAUCAAUGGACAUGUCUGCCUGAUCAGAAUGAUGUUAUUCAUGCUAAAAAAGCUUAUGAACUACAAAGCGAGAAUAUUUAUAAGUCUGACCUUGAGUGGCUGAAAGGGAUAGGAUGGAGUCCUCUUGGUUCUUUGGAGGCAGAAAAGAACAAGCGGUCUUCAGAAAUCAUCAGUGAGAAGAAAUAUCGUCAGCCUCCAGACAAAAACAAGUUCACCAGCAUUCCUGAUGCCAUGGACAUAGUUCUGGCAAAGACAAAUGCCAAAAAUAGGAGUGAUAGACUUUAUAGAGAAGCUUGGGACAAGGACAAGACUCAAAUCCAUAUCAUGCCUGAUACACCUGACAUUAUUCUGGCUAAAGCAAACUUAAUCAAUAUAAGUGAUAAACUCUACCGAAUGGGUUAUGAGGAGCUGAAGAAAAAAGGUUACGAUCUUCCUGUUGAUGCCAUACCAAUUAAAGCAGCAAAAGCAUCCAGGGAAAUAGCCAGUGAGUUCAAGUAUAAAGAAGGCUAUCGAAAGCAGCUUGGCCACCACAUUGGGGCCCGAGCUAUCCGUGAUGAUCCCAAGAUGAUGUGGUCCAUGCACGUGGCCAAGAUCCAAAGUGACAGAGAGUACAAGAAGGACUUUGAGAAAUGGAAGACCAAGUUCAGCAGCCCAGUGGACAUGCUGGGGGUGGUGCUGGCCAAGAAGUGCCAGACCUUAGUCAGCGACAUAGACUACAAGAACUACCUGCACGAGUGGACGUGUCUGCCCGACCAGAGUGACGUCAUCCACGCUCGGCAGGCCUAUGACCUCCAGAGUGAUAAUAUUUACAAGUCAGAUCUCCAAUGGCUGAGAGGCAUUGGCUGGGUGCCCAUUGGCUCUUUGGAAGUGGAAAAAUGCAAAAAGGCAACUGAAAUUUUGAGUGAUAAAAUCUACCGCGAGCCUCCAGACAAAUUCAAAUUUACCAGUGUAACUGAUUCUCUGGAACAAGUGUUGGCCAAAAAUAAUGCCAUCACUAUGAACAAGCGUUUAUACACAGAAGCCUGGGACAAAGACAAGACCCAGAUCCACAUAAUGCCGGACACACCAGAAAUUAUGUUGGCAAGAAUGAACAAAAUCAACUAUAGUGAGAGUCUGUAUAAACUCGCCAACGAAGAAGCAAAGAAGAAAGGCUAUGACUUGCGGAGCGAUGCCAUCCCCAUUGUGGCGGCCAAGGCCUCCAGGGACAUCAUCAGUGACUAUAAAUACAAAGAUGGUUACCGCAAGCAGCUUGGCCAUCACAUUGGAGCCCGGGACAUUAAGGACGACCCCAAGAUGAUGUGGUCCAUGCACGUGGCCAAGAUCCAGAGUGACAGAGAAUACAAGAAGGACUUUGAGAAGUGGAAAACCAAGUUCAGCAGCCCAGUGGACAUGCUGGGGGUGGUGCUGGCCAAGAAGUGUCAGACUUUAGUCAGUGACAUAGACUAUAAGAACUACCUGCACGAGUGGACGUGUCUGCCCGACCAGAGCGACGUCAUCCACGCUCGGCAGGCCUAUGACCUCCAGAGUGACAAUAUUUACAAGUCAGAUCUCCAGUGGCUGAGAGGCAUUGGCUGGGUCCCCAUUGGGUCUGUGGACGUGGUCAAGUGCAAGAGAGCUGCAGAGAUACUGAGUGAUAACAUCUACCGCCAGCCUCCAGACAAGCUGAAGUUUACCAGUGUGCCAGAUUCCCUGGAACAGGUGCUGGCCAAGAAUAACGCCAUCACCAUGAACAAGCGUUUAUACACAGAGGCUUGGGACAAAGACAAGACUCAAAUUCAUAUAAUGCCUGAUACGCCAGAGAUCAUGCUGGCAAGGCAGAACAAAAUCAACUACAGUGAGAGUCUGUAUAAACUCGCCAAUGAAGAAGCAAAAAAGAAAGGCUAUGACUUGCGAAUCGAUGCCAUCCCCAUAGUGGCAGCCAAGGCCUCCAGGGACAUCGCCAGUGACUAUAAAUACAAAGAUGGUUACCGCAAGCAGCUUGGCCACCACAUUGGAGCCCGGGACAUUCAGGACGACCCCAAGAUGAUGUGGUCCAUGCAUGCAGCCAAGAUUCAGAGUGACAGGGAGUACAAGAAGGACUUUGAGAAGUGGAAAACCAAGUUCAGCAGCCCAGUGGACAUGCUGGGGGUGGUGCAGGCCAAGAAGUGCCAGACUUUAGUCAGUGACAUAGACUAUAAGAACUACCUGCACGAGUGGACGUGCCUGCCUGACCAGAGUGACGUCAUCCAUGCUCGGCAGGCCUAUGACCUCCAGAGCGACAAUAUUUACAAGUCAGAUCUCCAGUGGCUGAGAGGCAUUGGCUGGGUCCCCAUUGGGUCUGUGGACGUGGUCAAGUGCAAGAGAGCUGCAGAGAUACUGAGUGAUAACAUCUACCGCCAGCCUCCAGACAAGCUGAAGUUUACCAGUGUGCCAGAUACCUUGGAACAGGUGCUGGCCAAGAAUAACGCCAUCACCAUGAACAAGCGAUUAUACACAGAAGCCUGGGAUAAAGACAAAACUCAAGUCCAUAUUAUGCCUGACACACCUGAAAUUAUGUUAGCAAGACAAAAUAAAAUAAACUAUAGUGAGAAUAUCUAUCGCCAGGCCAUGGAAGAAGCCAAGAAAGAAGGCUAUGACUUGAGAAGUGACGCCAUUCCCAUUGUGGCUGCCAAGGCCUCCCGGGAUAUUGCCAGUGAUUACAAAUACAAAGAAGCUUAUCGCAAGCAGUUGGGUCACCACAUUGGUGCCCGAGCCGUACAUGAUGACCCCAAGAUUAUGUGGUCCCUUCACAUUGCCAAAGUGCAGAGCGACCGCGAGUACAAGAAAGAAUUUGAGAAAUACAAGACAAGGUACAGCAGCCCAGUGGACAUGCUUGGUAUUGUUUUGGCCAAGAAAUGUCAGACCUUGGUCAGUGAUGUGGACUAUAAACAUUUUCUGCAUGACUGGAUCUGCCUACCUGACCAGAAUGAUGUCAUUCAGGCACGGAAAGCUUAUGACCUCCAAAGUGACAAUUUGUAUAAAUCAGACCGUGAAUGGAUGAAAGGCAUUGGCUGGGUUCCAAUUGGUUCAGUGGAAGUUGUUAAAGCCAAAAGGGCCACAGAGAUACUAAGUGAGAGUAUCUACCGCCAGCGUCCGGACGCACUGAAAUUUACCAGUAUUACUGACACUCCAGAGCAAGUGCUGGCAAAGAGCAAUGCGUUAAACAUGAGUAAGCGUUUAUAUACUGAAGCCUGGGACAAUGACAAGAAAACAGUUCAUGUCAUGCCUGAUACACCAGAAAUCAUGUUAGCCAAACUCAACCAAAUAAACUACAGUGAUAAACUCUAUAAACUUGCUUUGGAAGAGUCCAGGAAGGAGGGCUAUGACUUACGUCUGGAUGCCAUCCCAAUCCAAGCAGCCAAGGCUUCAAGAGAUAUUGCUAGUGAUUACAAGUACAAGGAAGGCUACCGCAAGCAGCUUGGCCACCACAUUGGGGCCCGGAACAUUCAGGACGACCCCAAGAUGAUGUGGUCCAUCCAUGCAGCCAAGAUCCAGAGUGACAGAGAGUACAAGAAGGACUUUGAGAAGUGGAAGACCAAGUUCAGCAGCCCAGUGGACAUGCUGGCGGUGGUGCAGGCCAAGCAGUGUCAGAUCCUAGUCAGCGAUGUAGACUACAAGCAUCCCCUACAUGAAUGGACCUGCCUGCCCGAUCAGAAUGACGUCAUUCAGGCUCGGAAGGCCUAUGACCUGCAGAGUGAUGCUAUUUACAAGGCUGAUCUUGAGUGGCUGAGAGGCAUUGGAUGGGUUCCUAUUGAUUCUAUAGAGGUCAAGAAGGUGAAGAGAGCUGGAGAAAUCCUGAGUGAGAGAAAGUACCGCCAGCCUGCAGACCAGCUCAAAUUCACAUCUAUUACAGACACCCCAGAAAUUGUUCUGGCAAAGAAUAAUGCCCUGACAAUGAGCAAGCAUUUAUAUACGGAAGCUUGGGAUGCUGACAAAACCUCCAUUCACGUGAUGCCAGACACCCCAGAAAUCAUGCUGGCCAAGAGCAAUUCUGCCAAUAUCAGCCAAAAACUUUACACCAAAGGAUGGGAUGAAUCAAAGAUGAAGGACUAUGAUCUGAGAGCAGAUGCUAUUCCCAUCAAAAGUGCCAAGGCCUCCAGGGAUAUCGCCAGUGACUACAAAUACAAGGAAGCAUAUGAGAAACAAAAAGGCCAUCACAUUGGAGCCCAGAGUGUUGAAGAUGAUCCCAAGAUUAUGUGUGCCAUACAUGCAGGGAAGAUUCAAAGUGAAAGGGAGUACAAGAAGGAAUUCCAGAAGUGGAAGACCAAGUUCACUAGCCCAGUGGACAUGCUAGGCAUCUUGCUGGCUAAGAAAUGUCAGACUCUCGUCAGUGACAUUGAUUAUCGUAAUUACCUGCAUCACUGGACAUGCUUACCUGAUCAAAAUGAUGUUAUCCAAGCAAGGAAGGCCUAUGAAUUGCAGAGUGAUGCCAUCUACAAGGCUGACUUGGAGUGGCUGCGUGGCAUUGGCUGGAUGCCUGAAGGGUCUCCUGAAGUACUGAGAGUCAAAAAUGCCCAGGAGAUCCUGAGCGACAGCAUCUAUCGGACACCUGUGGUGAACCUGAAGUACACGAGCAUUGUUGACACACCUGACGUUGUCCUUGCUAAAUCAAAUGCUGAAAAUAUCAGUAUUCCAAAGUACAGAGAGGUUUGGGACAAGGAUAAAACUUCAGUCCACAUAAUGCCAGAUACUCCAGAAAUUAAUCUCGCUAGAGCAAACGCUCUUAAUGUGAGCAAUAAACUUUACCGCGAGGGCUGGGAUGAGAUGAAGAUGAGCUGUGAUGUGCGCCUGGACGCCAUCCCCAUCCAGGCUGCCAAGGCCUCCCGGGAGAUUGCAAGUGACUACAAAUACAAGCUGGACCACGAGAAGCAGAAGGGACACUAUGUGGGCACCCUCACAGCCAGGGAUGACAACAAGAUCCGGUGGGCCCUCAUUGCUGGCAAGAUCCAGAAUGAAAGAGAGUAUCGGCUGCACUGGGCCAAAUGGAAGACCAAGUUCCAGAGCCCUGUGGAUAUGCUUUCUAUCUUGCAUGCUAAAAACUGCCAGACCCUGGUCAGCGACAUUGAUUAUCGCAAUUACCUACACCAGUGGAUAUGCCUACCUGACCAGAACGAUGUGAUUCAGGCCAAGAAAGCCUACGAACUGCAGAGCGAUGCAAUUUACAAAGCUGACUUGGAAUGGUUACGUGGGAUUGGGUGGAUGCCAAAUGAUUCUGUUUCCGUCAACCAUGCCAAACAUGCUGCAGAUAUCUUCAGUGAGAAAAAAUAUCGCACAAAAAUAGAAACUCUCAACUUUACUCCUGUGGAUGACAGAGUUGAUUAUGUGACAGCUAAACAAAGUGGUGAGAUCCUCAAUGAUAUUAAAUACAGGAAAGAUUGGAAUGCCACUAAAUCAAAGUACACCCUCACAGAAACUCCCCUACUGCACACUGCCCAGGAGGCUGCCCGGAUACUGGACCAGUACCUCUACAAGGAAGGCUGGGAGAAGCAAAAAGCCACAGGCUACAUUUUGCCCCCGGAUGCCGUGCCAUUUGUCCACGCCCAUCACUCUGGUGAUGUUCAGAGCGAGCUGAAAUACAAAGCUGAAUAUGUAAAGCAAAAAGGUCAUUAUGUUGGUGUCCCAACGAUGAGAGAUGAUCCUCAUCUGGUUUGGUUUGAGCAUGCAGGCCAGAUUCAGAAUGACAGACUAUACAAAGAGAACUAUCACAAAACAAAGGCCAAAAUCAACAUACCUGGUGAUACAAUGUCAGUCUUGGCUGCCAAGCAAGGACAGUCCCUUGUCAGUGAUAUUGAUUACCGUAAUUACCUGCACGAAUGGAUUUGUCAUCCUGACCAAAAUGAUGUUAUUCAGGCAAAGAAGGCCUAUAACCUACAGAGUGAUAUUGUCUACAAAUCUGACCUGGAGUGGCUCCGAGGCAUUGGCUGGAUCCCUCUGGAUUCUGUGGAGCACGUGAGGGUUACCAGGAACCAGGAUAUGGUGAAUAAGAUAAAGUAUAAGAAAGAUGCUCUUGACAACUAUCCUAACUUUACAAGUGUGGUGGAUCCUCCAGAGAUUGUUUUGGCCAAGAUUAACUCAGUCAAUCAAAGUGAUGUAAAAUAUAAAGAAACAUUUAAUAAAGCCAAGGGCAAGUAUACGUUUUCCCCAGAUACACCGCACAUCUCACACUCCAAAGACAUGGGAAAACUCUACAGUACUAUACUGUACAAGGGGGCGUGGGAGGGAACCAAGGCCUAUGGCUACACCCUGGAUGAGCGCUAUAUUCCCAUUGUUGGAGCCAAGCAUGCUGAUCUGGUGAACAGUGAGCUUAAAUACAAAGAGACAUAUGAGAAGCAGAAAGGUCACUACCUGGCUGGAAAAGUGAUCAGUGAGUUCCCUGGCGUGGUUCACUGUCUGGAUUUCCAAAAGAUGAGGAGUGCGUUGAACUACAGAAAAAAUUAUGAGGACACCAAAGCAAAUGUUCAUAUCCCCAACGAUAUGAUGAAUCACGUGCUGGCUAAACACUGCCAAUACAUACUCAGUGACCUGGAGUAUCAACACUACUUUCACCAGUGGACAUCUCUUCCUGAAGAACCCAAUGUUAUACGUGUCCGACAUGCCCAGGAGAUCUUAAGUGAUAAUGUGUAUAAAGAUGACUUGAAUUGGUUGAAAGGCAUUGGUUGCUACGUUUGGGAUACACCCCAGAUCCUCCAUGCCAAGAAAUCAUAUGACCUCCAGAGUCAGCUACAAUACACAGCAGCAGGUAAAGAAAACCUACAGAACUAUAAUCUGGUCAUGGAUACGCCUCUUUAUGUGACUGCUCUUCAAAGUGGCAUCAAUGCCAGUGAGGUGAAAUAUAAAGAAAAUUAUCAUCAGAUCAAGGACAAAUACACAACAGUUCUAGAAACAGUGGAUUAUGACAGAACCAAGAAUCUGAAGAAUCUUUAUAGCAGUAACCUGUACAAGGAGGCCUGGGACAAAGUGAAAGCCACUAGCUACAUCCUGCCUUCCAGCACCUUGUCCCUGACACACGCCAAGAACCAAAAGCAUCUGGCCAGCUACACCAAAUAUCGGGAAGAAUAUGAAAAGUUCAAAGCUCUUUAUACUUUACCAAAAAGCGUUGAGGAUGAUCCGAACACAGCACGUUGCCUCCGAGUUGGCAAGCUUAACAUCGAUCGCCUGUACAGAUCAGUUUAUGAAAAAAACAAGAUGAAAAUCCACAUCGUGCCUGACAUGGUAGAGAUGGUGACUGCCAAGGAUUCUCAGAAGAAAGUCAGUGAGAGAGACUACCGCCUGCACCUCCACGAGUGGAUCUGCCACCCCGACUUGCAAGUCAACAGUCACGUCAGGAAAGUGACAGAUCAGAUCAGCGAUAUUGUGUACAAGGAUGACCUCAACUGGCUGAAAGGUAUUGGUUGCUACGUCUGGGACACUCCUGAAAUUCUCCAUGCCAAACAUGCUUAUGAUCUGCGCAACGAUAUCAAGUACAAAGCUCAUGCACAGAAAACAAAGAAUGACUACAAGUUGGUCACAGAUACACCAGUCUACGUCCAGGCUGUCAAAAGCGGGAAACAGCUAAGUGAUGCUGUCUAUCACUAUGACUAUGUGCACAGUGUCAGAGGCAAAGUGGCUCCAACUACGAAAACCGUGGAUCUGGACCGGGCCCUUCAUGCGUACAAGCUCCAGAGCGAGAAUCUAUACAAAACCAGCCUGCGCACCCUGCCAACUGGAUAUAGGCUUCCAGUUGAUACCCCUCACUUCAAACACAGCAAGGACAUCCGAUACAUGAGCAGUUAUUUCAAGUACAAAGAAGUCUAUGAACACAUCAAGGCAUAUGGGUAUACACUGGGCCCCAAUGACGUUCCAUUUGUCCACGUCCGAAGAGCCAACAAUGUUACCAGUGAGAGACUGUAUCGAGAAUUGUACCACAAACUAAAAGACAAGAUUCAUACAACUCCCGACACGCCUGAAAUCCGCCAAGUCAAGAAGACACAAGAGGCUGUCAGCGAGUUGAUCUACAAAUCAGAUUUCUUCAAGAUGCAAGGCCACAUGAUCUCCCUACCAUACACACCCCAAGUGAUCCACUGCCGCUACGUAGGAGACAUCACCAGUGACCUUAAAUACAAAGAGGACUUACGGCUCCUGCGGGGGUUUGGCUGCUUUCUGUAUGACACUCCCGACAUGGUCCGCUCCCGGCACCUGCGGAAGCUCUGGUCUAAUUACCUGUACACUGAUCAUGCAAGGAAGAUACGAGACAAGUACGAGGUGGUGCUUGACACUCCAGAAUACAGAAAAGUGCAGGAACUGAAGACACACCUGAGUGAGCUGGUGUACAGAGCUGCAGGCAAGAAGCAGAAGUCAAUUUUCACUUCAGUUCCUGAUACUCCUGAUCUUUUAAGAGCCAAACGAGGGCAGAAGCUUCAGAGUCAGUAUCUGUAUGUUGAACUUGCCACCAAAGAGAGACCCCAUCAUCAUGCUGGAAACCAGACCAAAGCCCUGAAGCAUGCUAAAGACGUGAAGGACAUGGUCAGUGAGACAAAGUACAAGAUUCAAUAUGAAAAGAUGAAGGACAAGUACACCCCGGUCCCGGAUACGCCAAUCCUCAUCAGAGCCAAGAAGGCCUACUGGAACGCCAGUGACCUACGCUACAAAGAAACAUUUCAAAAGACCAAAGGGAGGUACCACACUGUGAAGGAUGCUCUGGACAUUGUUUAUCAUCGCAAAGUCACAGAUGACGUCAGUAAAGUGAAAUACAAGGCGAACUACAUGAGCCAGCUGGGAAUCUGGAGGUCCAUUCCCGAUCGGCCGGAGCACUUCCACCACCGGGCAGUCACUGACGCAGUUAGUGAUGUAAAAUAUAAACAAGACUUGACCUGGCUUAAAGGCAUUGGUUGCUAUGCCUAUGAUACCCCUGACUUCACUCUGGCUGAAAAGAACAAGACCCUCUACAGCAAGUACAAAUAUAAAGAGGUAUUUGAAAGGACGAAGUCAGAUUUCAACUAUGUCGCUGACUGUCCAAUCAAUAGGCACUUCAAGUACGCAACUCAAUUGAUGAAUGAGAAAAAAUACAGAGCUGAUUAUGAGCAGCGGAAAGAUAAAUACCACCUGGUAGUCGAUGAGCCUAGACAUCUGCUGGCUAAGAUCGCAGGCGACCAAAUCAGUCAGAUCAAGUACAGGGAAAACUAUGAAAAAUUAAAGGACAAAUUUACCUCAGUUGUGGACACUCCCGAACACCUGCGUACUACAAAAGUCAACAAACAAAUCAGUGAUAUACUUUAUAAAUUGGAAUACAACAAAGCCAAACCCAGAGGCUACACCACAAUCCAUGACACGCCCAUGUUGCUGCAUGUCCGCAAGGUUAAAGAUGAAGUCAGCGAUCUGAAGUACAAAGAAGUUUACCAAAGAAAUAAAUCUAACUGCACCAUUAAGCCAGAUGCUGUUCAUAUCAAAGCAGCCAAGGACGCCUACAAAGUCAACACCAAUCUGGACUACAAGAAGCAGUAUGAAGCCAACAAAGCCCACUGGAGGUGGAUCCCUGACCGACCGGACUUUAUCCAGGCCGCCAAGUCAUCCCUGCAGCAAAGUGAUUUUGAAUAUAAACUGGAUCGAGAAUUCCUCAAGGGUUGCAAGCUUUCUGUCACUGAUGAUAAAGACAUGGUGCUGGCCCUCAGGAAUUCUUUAAUAGAAAGUGAGCUGAAAUACAAAGAGAAACAUGUCAAGGAAAGAGGAACCUGCUGUGCAGUGCCUGACACUCCUCAGAUCCUCCUGGCGAAGACUGUCAGCAAUCUGGUGUCCGAGAACAAGUACAAAGACUACGUGAAGAAGCGCUUGGCCCAGGGCUCAUACACAACACUGCCGGAGACCCGGGACACUGUCCAUGUCAAGGAAGUGACCAAGCAUGUCAGUGAUACAAAUUACAAGAAGAAGUUUGUCAAGGAGAAAGGAAAAUCCGACUACUCCAUCAUGCUGGAGCCACCAGAAGUGAAACAUGCUAUGGAAGUGGCCAAGAAACAGAGUGAUGUUGCUUAUAGAAAAGAUGCCAAAGAAAACCUGCAUUACACCACAGUGGCUGAUCGGCCAGACAUCAAGAAAGCCACGCAGGCAGCCAAACAGGCCAGUGAGGUGGAGUACAGAGCCAAGCACCGCAAGGAAGGCAGCCAUGGGUUAAGCAUGCUGGGUCGCCCAGACAUCGAAAUGGCCAAGAAGGCAGCCAGACUGAGCAGCCAGGUUAAAUACCGAGAAAAUUUUGACAAAGAUAAGGGCAAGACGCCAAAAUUCAAUCCAAAAGACAGCCAGCUCUACAAAACCAUGAAAGAUGCUAAUAAUCUCGCAAGUGAGGUUAAAUAUAAGGCUGACCUGAAGAAACUUCACAAACCUGUAACUGACAUGAAGGAGUCUCUGAUAAUGAAUCACGUCCUGAGCACAAGCCAACUGGCCAGUUCUUACCAGUACAAGAAGAACUAUGAGAGGAGCAAAGGCCACUACCACACUAUACCCGAUAACCUGGAGCAGCUGCACCUCAAAGAGGCCACAGAAUUACAGAGCAUAGUGAAAUACAAAGAAAAGUAUGAGAAGGAACGAGGAAAGCCCAUGUUGGACUUUGAAACACCAACAUACAUCACUGCCAAAGAGUCGCAGCAGAUGCAGAGCGGGAAAGAAUAUAGGAAAGAUUACGAAGAGUCCAUUAAAGGCAGAAACCUGACUGGCCUGGAGAUCACGCCAGCUUUGUUACAUGUCAAAUAUGCAACCAAAAUAGCAAGCGAGAAAGAGUACAGGAAAGAUCUGGAGGAAAGCAUUCGUGGAAAGGGUCUCACUGAAAUGGAAGAUACACCUGACAUGCUAAGAGCAAAGAACGCCACUCAGAUCCUCAAUGAGAAAGAAUAUAAGCGAGACCUGGAGCUGGAAGUCAAAGGAAGAGGGCUGAAUGCCAUGGCCAAUGAAACUCCAGAUUUUCUGAGGGCCAGGAAUGCUACUGAUAUUGCCAGUCAGAUUAAGUAUAAGCAAUCAGCAGAAAUGGAAAAAGCCAAUUUCACUUCUGUGGUUGAUACUCCGGAGAUCAUUCAUGCCCAACAAGUCAAGAACCUUUCAAGUAAGAAAAAGUACAAGGAAGAUGCCGAGAAAUCCAUGUCAUAUUAUGAGACCGUUUUGGACACCCCAGAGAUGCAGAGAGUCCGGGAGAACCAAAAGAACUUCAGCCUUGUGAAGUAUAAGGAAGCAAUUGGACAGGGAACUCCAAUCCCCGACCUGCCUGAAGUGAAACGUGUCAAGGAGACGCAGAAGCACAUUAGCUCGGUUAUGUACAAAGAAAACUUGGGAACAGGCAUUCCAACCACUGUCACUCCAGAGAUUGAGAGAGUCAAACGCAAUCAAGAGAACUUUAGCUCGGUUUUGUACAAAGAAAAUUUGGGGAAAGGAACCCCAACACCUGUCACUCCAGAGAUGGAGAGAGUCAAACGCAAUCAAGAGAACUUUAGCUCGGUGUUAUACAAAGAAAACAUGGGCAAGGGAACCCCUUUACCUGUCACUCCAGAGAUGGAGAGAGUCAAACACAAUCAAGAAAAUAUUAGCUCGGUUUUGUACAAAGAAAAUGUGGGGAAAGGCACCCCAACCCCUGUCACUCCAGAGAUGCAGAGAGUCAAACGCAAUCAAGAAAACAUUAGCUCGGUGCUAUACAAAGAGAACCUGGGGAAAGCAACCCCCACACCCUUUACUCCUGAGAUGGAAAGAGUCAAACGCAAUCAAGAAAACUUUAGCUCGGUAUUGUACAAAGAGAAUAUGAGAAAAGCAACUCCAACACCUGUUACUCCAGAGAUGGAGAGAGCUAAGCGCAACCAAGAAAACAUUAGCUCGGUUCUUUAUUCGGAUAGCUUCCGGAAGCAAAUACAAGGCAAAGCUGCUUAUGUGUUGGACACCCCAGAGAUGCGUCGGGUGAGGGAAACCCAGCGACACAUCUCAACGGUGAAAUAUCAUGAAGACUUUGAGAAACACAAGGGUUGCUUCACACCAGUGGUGACGGAUCCUAUUACUGAACGAGUAAAGAAGAACACACAGGACUUCAGUGACAUUAACUACCGAGGUAUUCAGAGGAAAGUGGUAGAAAUGGAACAAAAACGGAAUGACCAGGAUCAGGAGACUAUUACAGGUUUACGUGUCUGGCGUACCAAUCCUGGUUCAGUUUUUGACUAUGACCCUGCAGAAGACAACAUUCAAUCUCGCAGCUUACACAUGAUUAAUGUCCAAGCUCAGCGCCGGGGCCGGGAGCAGUCGCGAUCUGCCAGCGCGCUGAGCAUCAGUGGGGGCGAAGAGAAGUCUGAGCAUUCAGAAGCUGCCGACCACCACCUCUCCACCUACAGUGACGGGGGCGUCUUCUCUGCAGCCUCACCAGCUUACAAACAUGCAAAAACCAUAGUGCUUCCACAACAACGAUCAUCUUCAGUUGCCACCCAACAGACAACGGUAUCUUCUAUCCCUUCUCAUCCAUCUACUGCUGGAAAAAUCUUCCGUGCCAUGUAUGACUACAUGGCUGCUGAUGCAGAUGAGGUGUCCUUCAAAGAUGGAGAUGCUAUUGUAAAUGUUCAAGCUAUUGAUGAAGGUUGGAUGUACGGUACUGUGCAGAGGACUGGCAGGACUGGCAUGCUCCCAGCCAACUACGUUGAAGCUAUUUAGGCACUUCAAAGCAUCACAACUGUAUGCACGACCUACAAAUCCUGCAGUCAAUAUUUCAGUUUAGACUCUCCACUAUUACUCAAGUUCUCAAGCUGCCUAACGGUUUUUCUGUGUCUAUAUGAUUUAUGGUAGUACCACCCCUUGUUUCUGUAUGAACCCCAAUAAUUCUCUAGUAAAACAAAUGUUGGUAUCACUAAUCUGUCCAGUUAUUGAACUAGAUUUACAUUUUCAUUAUUUUCUGAACUUGCACAUAAAACUUGAGACACUAAGCUUAUAAGUUCUCUAUUUUAAAAACUGCCACUAUCAAAUUUUCCUUUGGAUUUAAAACAAUUUCAAUAUUAGGAUAGACAUUUUAAAAGCUUCUCUAAUGUUAUAUUAUUGCUGUAUCAACCCAGUCUUUCUCCAUAAAAAAUAUUUAACAUUAUUUCUUUUCUAAAACAGGGAUUCUGAACAUGGCAAACACAUUAAAGGAAAAAUGGCAGAGAUAUUCAUCUUUUCCUUUCUUACUGAAUGCUAAUGCUUGUAUUUCUAAUCCAGAUAUGAAGUUAUAAAACUGAUAGUCAAUAUAAACUGGUGAUAAAUUGGUAGCUAAUAAAAUUGAUAAUUCUGCAACAAA